AUGGAAGUCUAUGCGAUGAAGAUGCUUCGCAAGGAACACGUCAUGAACCGCAAUCAGGUCGAGCACACCAAGACGGAGAGGAACGUGCUCGAGCACGUGAAUCAUCCGUUCAUCGUGUCCCUCCACUACGCGUUUCAGACUCCCAAAAAGCUGUACUUGGUUCUCGAUUACUGCCCGGGUGGGGAGCUCUUCUUUCACCUGAGCCGUGCUGGGCGUUUCUCCGAAGGGCGCACGAGGUUUUACAUCAGCGAGAUCCUCUUGGCCCUGGAGUACCUGCACAGCCUGAACAUCAUCUUUCGCGACUUGAAGCCCGAGAACGUGUUGUUGGACGCUGAGGGCCAUGCCAAGCUGACGGACUUCGGAUUGAGCAAGGAAGGCAUUAGCGACAACUUCUCCGCCCGGACCAUGUGCGGAACACCAGAGUAUCUGGCCCCAGAAUUGCUGGACAAGCGUGGCCACGGGAGAGCGGUGGAUUGGUACUCCUUGGGUGCCUUGGCAUACGAGAUGCUCACAGGCCUGCCCCCAUUCUACACCCAGGACCGCAACCUCCUCUUUGAGCGCAUUCGCCGCGCCAAUCUGUCCUACCCCUCAUACAUUUCACCUGUCGCCAAGUCCCUGCUUGAGGGGCUUCUUACGCGUCAGCCAGAAUCACGCCUGGGCGGCGGACCACACGACGGAGCCGAAGUUCGCGCUCACGGCUUCUUCGCAUCCAUCGACUGGAAUGCGUUGUACCAGUGCCAAGUGACACCGCCCUUCAAGCCGAAGGUGUCCGGGGCCGGCGAUGUGUCCAACUUUGAGAAGGAGUUCGUAGAUAUGCCGGUUGCCAUCUCGGAGGCUGGUCCGGGAGCCCAGGGAGUUCACUUCGAUGGUUUCACUUACCAAGGUAAUUGA